AUGCUAAUCUGGCGUGAAGAAUCAAGGCUGAUGAACGCUGCCAGAUGCCAGUAUGAGGCUGUCAUACGGGUGGUGGGCGGGUGUCUGCUGGUACAGCAGUGUGGGGCGGCGGGUGGUGGGCGGGUGUCUGCUGGUACAGCAGUGUGGGCGGUGGAUGGUGGGCGGGUGUCUGCUGGUACAGCAGUGUGGGCGGUGGAUGGUGGGCGGGUGUCUGCUGGUACAGCAGUGGGGGCGGGUGUCUGCUGGUACAGCAGUGUGGGCGGGUGUCUGCUGGAAAAUAUCUUCGGGACUUCUGAGGUAUCGUUGCAAAAAGGCCGAUAUGACGGGGGAUAUGAAGCCUUGCCGAAGACGUCUUCUGGGAGAUAUAAUGGCCGCUCCCCGGAGCUGUCGUUAUCUUCUGGCAGAUAUAAUGGCCGCUCCCCGGAGCUGUCGUUAUCUUCUGGCAGAUAUAAUGGCCGCUCCCCGGAGCCAGACGUGCCGAUCCACGCGACGAUGGUGACGAUGGUGUUCGUGUCGAUGGACCGCUACCGCACCAUCGUCACCCCGAACAAGGCGCGCCUCCCGCCCUUCAUCGCCGUCCUGGCCGUCUGGGUCGUCUCCGUCUGCGUAGUCCUGCCCUACGCCGUCUACAUGCACUACAUCGACCUUCAGGAGGUGUUUGGGGAUCAGUUUGAGGGCGCGGGAAUCUGUACUGUCAACCUGGGGGACGAUAUAGCCGAGUAUAUCCGCGGCCUCUUUGUUGUUCUGUACGCCCUGCCGCUAGCACUGGUGACAUUCCUGCACGUGCGUGUGGGCGGGGAGCUGAGGAGUCGUGAGGCGCCCGUCACCCUGGCCAUGCUGGACUCCACCUCCAGGGGCUCCCAGCAGGACGUCUGGAGCCUCCAGGAGAACUCCAGGCCCUCCUCCAGCGCUAUCCUGACGGAGGCGGAGGGUCGGGACGGCUUCCUGUACCACGACGCCCACCACCUGCCCUCCUUCCUCACGCCCACGCCCCUGGGGGCGGGCGGUGGGGGCAGUAGUGGGGGCUCGCACACACCUACACUGCUGGGAGGCCGCACCCCUUCCCUGCACCACCUGGAGGAGGCGGAGGCGGAGGUAGAGAGGGAGAAGAGGAACCAGCGCUACAUUGCCUCCAUCGUCACCGCCUUCGCCCUCUGCAUGUGUCCCCUUAUGAUACUCAGGCUGGUGAAGAACAUGGUGAUGGAGACGUACGACAACUCUGGCCACUUCGACAUCACCUACAUCACCUUCGUGUGGGUGGCCUUCCUGCCCACCGUCACCACCCCGGCCCUCUACGCCGCCUGGAAGAUCAGCAGGUCGACCAAGGACAGACUACACUCCUACCUCCACUUCGGCUUGAGAGGUCGCCGCUCCGCCCACACCCAAAACUUCACGCCAAUGUUCUACUCGUGUCACGCCCGCGCCGCCCACCGCCUCUCCCUGGAGCCCGCCCUUGCGCCCGCCUCCCCCCACUCCCACCACGCGCCCUCGCCCCACCAGGGAGGACCCACGCCCAUGGCCGCCCGCUCCGACAACCCGCGCCCUUACUCCCUGGCGCUGCCGUCGUGAGU